AUGUGUCGGAAAAUAUUCCGUGAUUCGAACAAACUCUUUACUCAUAUGAGUAUGAGUCCCAUAUGCCAAGCCGAAUAUGUCCUCCCCGAUGCGAAACCCGAACCUCAGCCCGCAGCCGUACCAGAACGUGCACCCGUUGCGAGAUCGAAAACCAUGGUUUCAAGUUCAAAGAGGACCAAGACGAUCCAAUCCGUUACCAAUUUUUUGGCAGCGCGAAAUCAACACGUGCAGGCACGGCAGACUUUAUCCCGGUGGAAAUGUCCCUCCAAACCUCGUCGCAUUCCUCAGAAUGCCAAUCGGCUGAUCGAAGUGAUGACCAAGGCCUCCAAGGCCUUUUUUGAAACCAAGGUGAAUUGCCAAUCCUGUGGCAAGUUUUUCAAUUCCAAGGACUCGUUGUUAGCUCACAUGAGCACCCAUUACAUUGCGCCCAAUGCCCUCGAGAGGGCGCUCAAGUGCCAUAUCUGCCACGAAGAAUUCGUCGACGAAUUUGUGCGGUCGGUGCACAGCCGAAACGGCCAAUGCAAGCAACGAUGUGCCAAAUGCGUCCAAGGGUUCGAUGAUCUUCCUCAACUAACGCGACAUCUGGCUCGUCAUCAAGUGACUCGGACCCAGUCAAAAAUGUAA